AUGUCCUCCAGCUUCCUCGACGCCGUCAAGGCCCGCCGCACCAUCUAUGCCUUGAAGCACGAGUCGCCGAUCCCGGACUCCAAGAUCCAGGAGAUCGUCAAGCAGACCAUCCUGCACGUGCCCAGCUCCUUCAACUCGCAGUCGACGCGCAUCGUGGUGCUGCUGGGCGACGACCACACCCACCUGUGGGAGGAGAUUGUCAAGCCCGCGGUCAAGGCCGUGGCCCCGGCCGAGGCCUGGCCGCAAUCCGAGCAACGACUGAACGGCUUCAAGAACGCCUACGGCACCGCCCUCUUCUACGAAGAACCCAAGGACAUCCUGAAGCUGCAGGAGGCUUUCCCUCUGUACUCGGAAAACUUCCCGCAAUGGAGUGAGCACACCAACGCCAUGCACCAGUUUGUCUUGUGGACUGCUCUGGAACAAGAAGGCUUCGGCGCCAACCUCCAGCACUACAGCCCCUUGAUCGACGACAAGAUUGCCGCCAAAUGGGGAGUCCCCGGCGCCUGGAGCCUCAAGGCCCAACUGGUGUUCGGCACUCCGGCCGGCGAGGCGGGCGACAAGGCCUUCAAGCCCGUCGAGGAGCGUGUCUUUGUUCACGGCGCCAAAUAG